GCUUCUUUUGCGCAGGCGCGGCAGCCGGCGCGGCUGCCCUUCGCCAAGAUGGCGGACGACAGUGAUACAGCAGUGAGGCGGCCGUCAGGGGAGGAAGAGAACGACCAGCAGCACUGCAGCGACUGCGAGAAUGAGGACGAGCACAACUGCAACCGAGGGUGAGCGGCUCUGAGCCGGUCCGGGUCGGGCCUCCACUCUCUGGUGUGAGGGGAGCCGCCCUGAGACACAGCCGGCGGAGGGGGGGGGGAGGCGGUCCGGUGGGAGGUGGAGAGAAGAGGCGGGAAAUAAAACCUGCCCUGCCCACUUUCCCUUGGUGCGGCUCUUGAUUGGCUGAGGCGACUGGGCGGUUGCGUCCUGAGUGGUUGGUUGCUCUGCCAGUCCGAAAGGGGGAGCCGCUGGUUCCUCGCCCGUUGCAGACCAGCGGCGUGACCGCGAAAGCGAAGCGUUUGCCGGGCCUGUUUCGUGUGAGGGAUAAGGAGACCCGCCAUAGGGAGGGGUCCGGGACCUAGAUAUUUGGGGGUUAUAGGGUGGAUGUGAAGGAAGUGGGCUUGAGGGAAAGUGUAGCCUGGGCGAAGGAGAGACUGGGACGGUUUUUAUUGCAUGCUUUUAUUGUAUAGAAAAUGCAUGUUAUUCUGUAGCUCUAAGCAUAAGGUUGGUUUCUCCUCUCCCCUACCUCCCAAAAAAAUAAGCUGUUACUGCACACCACGAGUUCCUGUGCCUUUAAACUGCUGGGUGAGGGGCAGAAAUACAAGAGUUGCAUUUCCACACACACCUUGGCUGGAGAUUCUGAAUUUCUGCCUCUCACAAAGCUGUUAAAAGAACCUUUGUUGGGGGCAGCCGGAUACACUUGCCCCAGGCUCUGGAGGGCUAAGCCAGCUGGGGGGCACCGCCAGGGACCUGGUUGGCGGUGGGUCAGGGAGCGAAAGCGAAAAUGGCAGCUGCAACCCAAACGAGAAGCCUCUGCUGCAUUCUUAUUUUUUAAAAAAAGCAUUUCUGCCUAUGAAUGUGCCUUUUUAAGUAGUGUAAUCUAACCAAUUAAUGUGUAGCAUUAUUAGGGAAUAUAUGUAGUACCAAUGGGAAACUUAAUUAGGACCAGCUGCUUAUAUCUUCUUUUUUUGUUACUGUCAUAAAUCAUCCUUACAGUGGUACCUCGGGUUACAUAUGCUGCAGGUUAAAUACGCUUCAGAUUACAGACUCUGCUAACUACAAGUACCUCAGGUUAAGAACUUUGCUUCAGGAUGAGAACAGAAAUCGUGCUCUGGUGGCGCAGCAGCAGCGGGAGGCCCCAUUAGCUAAAGUGGUGCUUCAGGUUAAGAACAGGUUCAGGUUAAGAACGGGCCUCCGGUACGAAUUAAGUACUUAACCCGAGGUACCACUGUAUUUGAAAUCACCCUGCUGCUUUUAUGGCAGGGUGAUGCACUAAAUGGUUUCUCAGUUGCUUUCAGGCCAACCUUACAGGAUUUGCUCCCAGGAUAUAUCAAUCUAGUGCCUUUUUUGUUCAACAAGUAUGAAAACAGGGACAUGUUAUGGACAAGCAUUUAUUUGAAUAUGGCCAUUCCUCCUCAAAGUCUUCACCCUUGCUGCUAAGCUUAUUUUUGAUCGUUGUACCUACAUAGAGAACUAUAGAACUUGGGCUCAAAAAGGCCAAGUAGUCAUUAGCUGCACUAGCAGUCUCAGAACAAGAACAUCUGCACACAAGAGGCUUGCCAGACCUUAGCAUAAUGUGACUCAACCAGAGCAGGACUGACUAAAACAGUAUUUGGGAAAUGUACGACAGCUGAGGCGCACACCCGUUUCUGAAUUCAAAUAAGAUGCACACUUUCGUACUUGUCACAAUAAAUGUUUGUUUUGGUGGUGUAAGAAAGAAUAAGGAUGGCCUGCAUCAAGGAAGCCCAUCCCCUGUGUUCUUGCAGGAACUGUUCUGAGUGUAACUCCUGGUGAAAAAAGGAAAGGCAGCCUCCCCUGUGUGCAGGUGCUAUGGGCUCACAGGAACAUCUGAUUAUGUAGUUUUAUUUUUUUGAUGACCCACUAACACUUCUCUCCCUGUAAAUCAUUGUGUCACAGUACAUGGUUUGAGAAUUACUAGCAUGAGUAGUAAUGCUCUUGCCAUUAAGUAAGCCCCAUUGGACUCAGUGGGGCUUUCUUCUGAAUAGAUGUGGAUAGGAUUCUGCUGUGAGGUGCCUGUAGAGUAGACUCCGAAGUACAAACUUGACUUGUUGGCUUUUGGGAAAGGCAGAAAAUUUCCUAGGUCACUGCUUGAUCUAAAACUGGGAUGGAAAGCAUUUUAAAUGCAGUUAUCUGUUACAGGAGACAGAUGAUGAUGAUGUCUUCAAAAGUUAGUAGCUUCCACAUACACUUAUACAGUUUCUGGGCGCAAAAUGUGAAAGAGCUAAGGGGGCUAUUUUCAUUUACCAUAGGCCUGAGUUAGAUCCAGAUUGUCAAGAAAAAAUAAUCAGUUAGAGUGUUACAAGAGUACAGUGGUACCUCGGGUUACAUACACUUCAGGUUACAGAAGUAGUACCUCGGGUUAAGAACUUUGCUUCAGGAUGAAAACAGAAAUUGUGCAGCGGCAGCAGGAGGCCCCAUUAGCUAAAGUGGUGCUUCAGGUUAAGAACAGUUUCAGGUUAAGAACGGACCUCCAGAACGAAUUAAGUACUUAACCCGAGGUACCACUGUACAUACAGUCAAACCAGCCAGUGUCUUGCUGUGUACUUCUAGUUUUCUUUGAUACACUUGAGGAAAAAGGUUUGUUACCGUAUUUUUCGCCCCAUAGGGCGCACCUAGUUUUUUUGUGGGGGAAAUAAAGAAAAAAAAUUUAUUUCCCCCCCAGGUGCGGGGGAAGCCCGAGCUUCCCCAGCCCCCAGAACAGGCUGCUAUCCGCAAGCCUAGGGAGCCCGGCAGGAAGUCGUGCUGGUCUCCCCAGGCUUGCGGAUAUCUGCCCGAAGUUGCGCAGCUCUCCGACAGCUUGCGGAGAGCUGCGCGAAGCCCGAAGCCUGCAGGCAGCUCUCCGCCCCAGGCUUCGGGAUGCAGGCAGCUCUCCGCAAGCUGUGGGAGAGCUGCACGACUUCGCGCCGGGCUCCCCAGGCUUGCGGAGAGCUUCCUGAAGCCUGGAGAGCCAGAGGGGUUGGUGCGCACUGACCCCUCUCGCUCUCCAGGCUUCAGCGAAAGCCUGCAUUCGCCCCAUAGGACGCACACACAUUUCCCCUUCAUUUUUGGAGGGGGAAAAGUGCGUCCUAUAGGGCGAAAAAUACAGUAUGUAUAGGGAAAAGCUGUUUUUGCACUCUAUGACUUGAAACAGCUCUUCUAUAUCUAAAUAACCCCUAAAUAUCAUCUAAGGAGCGUGCAUGUGCUCAUUGUGAAUGAGCCUCUUAACCACAGUUUGUUUUGAAGGCUGAAUUGACCCUGUAUGUAUGAAAGAUGAGAACCACUUAAAAUUCAGGUGGUGGAAAUGUAGCUAUCGAAUUAGAUUAAUCUGUUGAGCAUGUAUUUUCCUGUUCAGAUGAACACUUACAGUACUCUUUUAUAUCUAAUUAAAUGAUUUGUUCUUUCUCCCCUGCUGGGGCAGGUAACAAAGCAGCUUGUGCAUAUUUUCCACUCCUUUGUUGCAAAGUUUGCUUAGAACUUGGGGGGCGGUACGACAUCCCUGUUACACAAGUAGGUGGUUGACAGAGGGAGGAAUAAAUGCCUUUGAAGCAAUAGCUGCGGCACUUGGCUCAUCUUUCUAGAGGCUUCUUGCCUGAAAAGUUGAGUUUUUUUGGGUUCUUUCAUCUCUGCAAUAGGUGUCACUGGUUUGUGGACGGACCUUCAGUCAUUUAAAGUGUGUCUGUUUUUAGAUGACCCAGCCAAAACUGUUUCCUCAUUGUCACUAUUAUCAAUCACAUACAGUGGUACCUCUAGUUGCGUUCACCUCCAGUUACGUAUCCUUCGGGGUACGUACGCAGCAAACCCGGAAGUAUUUUUCCGGGUUUCACCGCAUGCGCAGUGCAUGCACAGAAGUGCUAAACCAUACGCAGAAGCGGCACCUCCAGUUGUGAAUUCAUUGGGAUGCGGCCUGACCUCCAGAAUGGAUCCCGUUCGCAACCGGAGGUACCACUGCCACAGUGGGAAUAUGCAUGUGAGGCUAUCCUGGCUUAAUCAGUCUGGUUUGGCUUGCCUCUUGGUUCAUAUUCCAUGUUCUGGUUUGAUGUGGUGUAGCACCCAUAAUCCAGAUCUACAAAGUAAUGGCUUCCUUCAGCGUACUGUGGGAAUCUGUGGAAGCUGCUGAACUGUGGGUUUUGAGAUAGUUAUUAUUAUUUAUUGGAUUUAUACACCACCCUAUACCUGGAGAUCUCAGGGCGAUUCACAAACGAAAUCAUAAUAUAUAAAAUCAAAUUAAAAACAAUAGCCCAGUAAAAAACCCAAAAAAGAGCCACAUUCUAAAAGAGUAUUGGAUGUCAAUAAGAUCAACCAAAUACCUAGUUAAAAAGGAAUGUUUUUGCCUGGUGCCUAAAGGUGUAUAAUGAAGGCACCAGGCGAACUUCCCUGGGGAAGGCAUUCCACAGAUGGGGAGCCACUUCAGAGAAGGCCCGUUCUCGUGUUGCCACCCUCUGGACCUCUCAAGGAGGAGGCACACGAAGGAGGGCCUCAGAAGAUGAUCUCAGGAACCUGGUAGGUUCAUAUGGGAAGAGGCAGUCCUUGAGGUAUUGCUGUCCUGAGCCGUUUAAGGCUUUGAAUUGGGCCCAGAAAGCAAUUUUUGUUUCUUACAUGAUACGGUAAGAGUUAAGGAAGAUUCUGGAAGUGUUUCGAUAAAAACAAUACUUAGCAUGUGUAUAGUCCCCCCCCCCUAGUUUUAAUUGUAUUAAAAGCACUUUUGGGUUGAAAGUGCUUUUUAGAUAUUAAAGUCACUUCCUUUUUAAAAUCCUUACAGCAGCUCAUGUAAGGUAGGUUUUAUUAUUCCAAUUUUGUAGAGGGGCCUGCCUAAGUCUUUGUGAAUGCAUUGGAAAGGGCACAUUUGAAUCAAGGACUUCAGUUGCUGAUGUAGAUUGUGAUAUCACAACAUGGGCAUGCACUUGGGGCUCUUAAAGCAUUGCUUCCAUGGCUCCCACUAUCUUGUGACCCAGGCGUGGGGGCUGUGUGGAUCUUCUUUGCCUUUCUAUUUUGGGUGUGUGCUGCUUGUUUGGUUUUGCUUCUUUCAGUAAACUGGAACUAUCCACUCUUGAUGGAGGAACCUGGUUUGCUUUGCCCUCAACUAGUGGUGCACAAUGCGACCUUGUGGCUUAGCUGUCUGGUGGAGGUGAGUUGGCUUGGGAAGGACCCUACUAAGGGUUUAGAGAAGAGCCUUCUAGCUUUAUGGUUGUCUUGCCAGAUCUGGGGCACAAGAUACAGCACUGCAGCUGAAAAGUCUGUCUGUCUCUUUUCUCUUAAUUCCACUUGGGGCAGGGAAUUCCACUUCCCUGACCCCAGCAACUAAGCUGUGAAGGGAGACUUCAUGCUGCCUAUCAGAGCAGCCUCCCAACUCCUACUUGCGUGGGGAUCUCUCAGCUGUGAAGGGAGGCUUCACGCUGCCUAUCAGAGUUUGCCAGACACCAUCUAAGGAGCCUGCAUGUGCUCAUUGUGGAUGAGCCUCAUAAUUCUUAACCAUGGUUUGUUUUGAAGACUGAAUUGACCCUGUAUGUAUGAAAGAUGAGAGCCACUUAAAAUUCAGGUGGUGGAAAUAUAUCUAUUAAAUUAGAUUAAUCUGUUGAGCAUGUAUUUUCCUGUUCAGAUGAACACUUACAGUACUUUGUCGUGGAGUACUUUAUUUGCCACUGAGAAACAUAGUAUUUUCACUGCUGUCUCAGUAGGAUCAUUGCUCCUGUACUAAUAACCAGUGAGCAUCACAUUUUUGAGUGUGUGAGCAUUUGCAUUGCAGGAGAUUUGUGAGAUUCUCUGGCAACUGUGACAUGAAUGGCAAUUGUGUGUAAAACUUAUUGUGUGCAAAACUGUACAGAAUGUGAUUAGUCUGUGCUAAAAUAGCUUUAUGCUGCAGUCUGAUUCUCUAUUUGGUUCCACUGCAAUGCAUGACCACACUACGCCGAGAUUCCUUAAUAUCUAGUCCAGACUUAUCCCUCUGGUUUCUGAAAAGAUUACUUGCUGUAAGUAUUAGCUGUAGAUUUGCCAAGUAGGACUUAGAAGCACCUACAUUUGACGUAGCAUGGCUCAGCAGUCACUGUGAAACACUGGAGCACAGAAGUCUCUGAUGUGAAGCAAUGAGUGUUACAUUGCAAGGAUGUAGAUUUUAGCUUAACAUUAGAACUUCAUAAUCUGAAGAGCCAGUCAUCAGGCAGCAAGCAACCCAGAGAAGUUAUAGCAUAAUGGUUUUAUAGUUGAAGCCAUGCAAAUAUCUGUCUGGGGUGCUUCAAUCAUGUCAUUGAUUGUUUUCCUGUUUUAGAGGAAGUUAGAUUCAAAGAAUGACUUUCAGCCUUUGUUCUAUAGAAUCCUGGAAUUCCUUAGCAACUUAUGCAUGAUUAAUAAAAGGAAAUUUAUGCUGCCUUAGAUUCCACAAUGAAAGAAAGGCGGGAUAUAAAUAUACUCAAUGAACAAAACAAAAUAAACUUCCCUAAAAAAACAGGUUGUCUGUCAGUGUGUUGUGCAAUGUACUACCACAAAGAUGAAUGGGGAGGGGGUAAAAUUUCAUACUGAGCAGUAGCAAAGCCCAAGAGGCAUGGCUCCACAUAAAAUAUUCCUCCAUCCCCAGAAUCUUUUUCCAACAGACGGGUUCUGCAGCAGCUCCUUGGUGGCUUCCAUUAGGAUUUAAAGUUGUGAGAGAAGCUCUUAUCUUGGACCUAAAGCCAACUUUUGCUACUUGUUUGGGUUUGCCAGCCAUUAACAAACAGCUUGCACACUACUAAUAGAGAAUGCUGUCUGGUUUGUGCACUUGGCUUGUGCAGGGCUGCAGUGAGGCUCAGUAGAUUUUGCUGACACCCUGUGCUGACAGAGAGCACUCACUUGGAAGAUACCCCAGAAUCAUAUGCAGCACACAGAAUUUCCAUGGCAGGCAUGCAGAUUCACGUAGGGGGACAUUUCGAACCAGUGUUCCAUGGCGGCACAUCAUAUGUUCCUCCAUGGAAAGAUAUUUGUGGUGUGGGAGAGUGGGUGCAUUGUGGGUACAGGGAACUUAUUUUAAUUUUGAUACCUUCCUUUUCCCUGAAAACAAGGCCAAUAUAUUAUUUUAAUCCACAAUAACAAAACAGUGAUUAAGAAGAGCGACAGAUCGCGUGCUAGAGGAUUACUUUGCAGUUUAGGCAAAAAAACGGGAUUGCAAAGAAUGCUCAAGGUAUAUUGUCUUUCGUCUUUGCAGCAGCCAGCAUUGUGCUAAAUUAGAUAGGAGUUACAAGCUAAGAGUGUGCAUAUUGUGCUAUGUGGAUAGUCCAUAACUGUGUUAUAACUAGUCAGUGCUGGUGCAGUAUUGUCAGGGCUUCUCACACAAGCAGUUCAAUAAAGUCUCAUUAAGGUGGAAAAAUUGGGCCGAGGCAAAAUUGCAGAAGACCUGGUCGCCUCAGGUAACUUGAGCAAAUGAGUCGUGUCACAUACUGCAGUCAACCCUUCUUUCCCAAUUCCUUGCAAAACUGGAACACAGAGAUACCCUCCUUCCCCUACACCACAAGAAGCUACAGAUUGUGUAAAGCGCACACAUUUAUUCCAUGCAAUUUAGUCUGUAUAAUUUGGGGUUCCAGCCUUGCAAGACGGAAGGAGUCAGAGCAGUGGUUUCUUUCUUCCCGUACAUCCACUAAGGAGCUAGCUUGAAAGAGUGAGUUUCCCCAAGGUGUAUUGGUCAAAAGAGACCACGCAGAAGCAAACUGUGACCUUGGCACCCGGCCCCAGCUCCCUUCAAGCCCUGCUCUUAGCAGUUGAUCUGUAAAGUCCCAUCAGUCGUGUUUCAUUUCUUCCUCAGUGGCUUAAGCCCAGCUGAUGACAGUGGGGGGAAAAAGAAGAAAAAGAAACAGAAGCGGAAGAAGGAAAAGUCGGAUCAAGUUGAUUCAGCCCAAGAUCAGACAGUAAAGGUAAAAAGCAAAAAUAUUUUGCAACAGGUUGGUCAUGUUGAACCAUCCUCAUGUUCUCUUCCACUCCCUGAGCCUCCCGUUCCCUAUACUGUGUUCUUUUUUGGGUACCCAUAAAGUUAAAUUAGGAAAGGCUGGUGGGGAUAUAUGCAGGGGAAGUUCUAUGGGGACUGGUUGACCUACAUUGUUGCAUUUACAUUUGUUCUGUUUUCAGUGCGGGUAGAUGAGGAAUGGUGGGGGUGGAGGGCAGUGUAGGCUUUGAAUGUUCAAUGGUUUUAAGGGGUAGCAGGAGAAUGUCCUCUCCAAAAUUUUAAACUUUCAGGGAGGGGGGAAAGUAGGACGUGGUGGUCAGUUGACUCAUUGUGCCUUUGGUGUCUUUGCAGGUGACCUUGCCAGCAGAAAGAAUGCAGGAGAUUCAAAAGGCCAUUGAGCUGUUCUCCGUAGGACAAGGACCUGCCAAGACAAUGGAAGAAGCCACCAAACGCAGCUAUCAGUUCUGGGACACACAGCCAGUCCCCAAAUUAGGUACAUAAUCUUCUCCUUUCCUCUUUUUCUUCUAUCUGGCUGGCUUUAAAUAGUCUCAAAACAUUGGAGAGAUCUUUCCAGCCUGUUACUAUGCCAAUUUGGGCAAUGGUUCAGCAGUCCCCAACAUCUUGUGCAUUCCCCAAACCUCAAGAAACUGUGUAAAUUGUGUGAGUGGUCAAGCUGUGUGAUGUUUCAGUCCCAGAAAUGGGAUUGCAGGUAGGUUGGGGAAUCAGAGAAUGUGGGCCCUUGCAGCAAUGCUGCAGACGGGAUCUUACUAGUUCUCUUGGACAGAAGCAUAUGGGACCUGGAAGAAUUGGGGGUCUGGAGGCUGGAGUUGCCCAGGAAACUGUGCUAACGCAUGUGGAGGGCUAGGAAGGUCCCUUCAGUAAUUAUUUGUCAUGCAUGACAGCAAUCCUCUCUCUUUCUCCACCCAUUCUCAGGAGAAGUAGUGAACACUCACGGACCCGUUGAACCAGACAAGGACAACAUCCGCCAGGAGCCCUACACUUUGCCUCAGGGUUUUAUGUGGGAUGCUCUGGACUUGGGGGAUCGAGGUGUGGUGAGUAGGGAUGCAGCAGAACUAACCAUCCUAGAAGGUUCUCCUCUAAACCAUCUCCACCAACCUGCCCCAUUGCUACCAUAGCGUCCAGUUGUUCCAUCUCAGGAUUCUGACCACUUGCAUUUUAAGGCUUUCCACAGCUUCGCUAGAUGAUCCAUAUUUCUCUUCUUUCCCUGUCCAUUCCGUGUUUGGCUUUUCUUCUGGUGUCUUCAUUUUGAGCAUGCCGCUGUUCCUCUUUCUUUCUCUCCCUUUGCCCAGAGAUUCCUCCUGAAAACCAGCUAGGUUUUUGUGCGGGUAAAGUUUGUCAUAGGAUUAAUCUCAUAGCUUUAAGCUUGGCUGGCUGGCUUGAGUCAACUGGAUCUCUUCCUGCAUCUCUGCAUUGUUCUGCCUUGUCCACUUCUCUUCAUUUUGCCCUUGUUUGUGCCAUAGUUUUUCCGCGUGGCCCAAAACCUUUCCUGCUGAUCAUGUAGAGACUACCAGCACUUUAAGAGUCAAUUUUUAUUGACUCAUUUACCUUUUAAAGAUGUUAUUAUUGAUAUAAACAUUUACAUAUAUCAUUUAAAACAUGCGCACAAUUUCAUAACACUUUGUUUUUUUGUAACAUUGACCUGAUCUUUUUAUCUCUUAAAAACUGGCCCUCUGUUACUGGUUUGAGACUCAAGACUACACUCGUACAUCAACAAUGGUUUGAUGUUACUUGGAUGAGUUGUAGCAAGCCUGAGCAAAGCAUUGGGCUUUGCAGUCUCCCCUCUCCUGCCACUAUGCAGCCAGGGAAAGGACUUGUACCCAGAGAUGGGUUUUGCUUUGCAAGAAGGUUAGCAACUUCCUGUCAUAUGAGUCGGGAAUCCUGGCUGAAAACAAACUGGCUAGUUAAACAAGCCGAUUACAUAACCCUUGUCUUGAAGUUGGAUUGUUGUGAAACUUUGCAGGGGUUUGGUUUCGCUGUCAGCAAGUUACAGCUUGUUGUGUCACACAGACCAAGAAUCGUAGCUUAAAACAAAAUCACCCCCCUAGCUGCUAAAUCACAGUUGAGCAUUGUGUGUGAACGCAGCCUUUUUGUCCCAGUCUCAUUUUAAAAAAAAUGUUUGGUACAUUGCAGCCAAGACACACCUGUCCCCUUAAACUACUUUGUCAUUGUGUAGCAAUUUUUGUUGUGUCAGUACUUCGCAGGGUAGUUGUUAGGGAGGUCCUUAAGAUUCUUCUGCUGGUAGGCGAUUGAGAAGAUAUGAACUACAAGUAGAAGUUGAAGUCGGGUCUUUCCCAGUCUAUGUCUAAAGCUAUUUUAAUGUGCUGCUAGUUUCCCCUGCAGUGGCUCUCUAAUAAUUCUCGCCACAAGUGUCCUUUCGGAUAACUCUGUUCUCUUAAGAGGCAGCUUUGCUUCCUUAAGCAGAUUAUGCUUUUCUCUCUUGGUUUCUUCAGCUCAAAGAGCUGUACACUCUCCUGAAUGAGAACUACGUGGAAGAUGACGACAACAUGUUCCGGUUUGAUUAUUCACCAGAGUUCCUCCUGUGGUGAGUUAAGGGUCCGUCUGAAUUUCUCUGCGGUGGUCUCCAUCUGUAAAAAAUUAAUACAUAAAAAUGAAAACUGUCUCCUUAUGCUGAAAAAACUAAAAUAUUGACCCAAGGUCUUGACUUGCCCAACAUGGGUCACUGCUACCCCAUAUGUAAAUCCCCCUUUUCCAAGGGUCAGGGGGCACCUGUUAGCUCAAUUGGCUAAAGCGUGGUUCUGAUAACGCCAAGGUUGUGGGUUCGAUCCCCAUAUGGGCCACCUGCAUAUUCCUGCAUUGCAAGGGGUUGGAUGAUGAGCCUCAGGGUGCCUUCCAGCUCUACGAUUCUAUGCCUGCUUCUGUUCUGAUAGUUUCAGUUGGAAACAGUAGAAACAGGGAACAUAUGUAAUGUGGGUACAUAUGUGUGGGGUAAGCUGGAACUCAUGGAGUCAAUCGUUGUCAGCCACUGAGUCAAAAUAGUGAUAGAUGAAGAGAGUUUCUCUCCAAAGGGCACACCGCCAUACCAAGACAAUUCUGCAGCCUCUGCAAUUUAUACAAAUUAAGCAUGCUUGGGUCAUGUGUUCUACUGUGCUGUUAUGCAGUCUGCCAUCUCCUGGCCACUAGGAGUCUUGUUUUCUUCUUCCCCAGCUACCCCAGUUCUGAAAUUUUACUGGGCAUAUAUACUGCCAAGCCUAUCCGUAAAGCCAUGAAACUUGCAGCUGGAAACUUUGACUUUUUCAUUGUGUGACGAUCUGCCUUUCGUACCUUGAAAGUCGAAUGGAAUCCGUUCCGGAAGUCUGACUUCCAAAACAUUCGAAAACCAAAGCGCGGCUUAUGUUUGGCUGCAGGAAGCUCCUGCAGCCAAUCGGAAGCCCUGUCAGAUGUUCAGCUUCCAAAAAUAGUUCGCAAACUGUAACAGUCACUUCUGGGUUUGCGGCGUUCAGGAGCCAAAAUGUUUGGGAACUAAGCUGUUCAAAAACCAAGGUACGACUGUAGGCCACGGUAGAGGGGACCUGUGACCCUCGAGAUAUUGCUGGACUCUUAAUACCCAUCACAGAAUUAUAGAGUUGCAGAGUUGGAAAGGACCAUGGGAGUCAUCUAGUCCAAUGCAGGAAACUUUUGCCCACCAUAGGGCUCGAACCCACAGACUGAGAUAAAUCUUCCCACCAAGCUAUAUCGGACCAUUGGCCAUGCUGGUGGGACUGAUGGGAGUUGGAGUCCCACAGCAUCUCAAGGGCCACAGUUUCCCCAUCACCUGCUUUAUACUGCCAUGCUAAGUGUAUCUGCCAUUUCAGUAUUACCUGCCUGGACUGCAGGGCCUCUUGAAGAGGUUUCCCCCGGGCUUAUUACUUGGCAAAGCGCCCUGCGCUUCAGUAGCGAUCUCAUGUGGGCUUUUGGAUCAAGAUGUCUUUGACGAGACCCUGUGUUUCUUUCAGGGCUUUGCGUCCUCCAGGCUGGCUGCCCCAGUGGCACUGUGGUGUGAGAGUCAUUUCCAGCAAGAAGCUGGUUGGCUUCAUCAGUGCUAUCCCGGCUGCUAUACACAUAUAUGACACGUAAGUCAAGCCACACACUUCUAUCUCUUGACUUUGGAUGCCCUUUGUGGAUUAAAGAAAAGGUUUCAAUUUGAGCUGGAGCCAUUUUUCACUGUUUCCGCUCUGUAACCUUUCAGAUGUGCAGGGGACCUUUGGGCGUGUGCAGAGUGCUUUUUUAAUUUUGUGCUGCAAAAAAGUCGCGUGGAACAAGUCAACCAGGCUUGAACCCCAACACCUCUCGUGCUGCAAGUUACGUAGCGGCUGGGAUCUUCUGGGGCUCUGCAGGCCUCUAUAAUAACAGGAUGUGGGUGAGGUAGAAUAUUGACUGAAUAGUACUGCCUGAAAACAGCCUAGUAAAUUGGUGUAUGCACAGAGAAACAGUGUGUGGGUGAUGAUAGGGACUUCAGCGUGGAUAUGAGACUUAAUAAAUCCAGCUAAAACGGAGGAUUUGCAGAAGAGCUGAGGAAACUCCAAAAAAUGUAUUUGUGAAAAAUUGUGUUAUGUGUUUUUAUAUUUUUGUAUUGUAAAAUGAAUAAUUUUUUUUUUUUUAAAAAGACUUAAUAAAUCCAGGACAGCCUUUCCUGCUCUCCUUCAGAUCGCUUUUCAAAAUGUGACAGAGAAACUGUUCUUCAGAGUUGUUGUCUUUCUCUUCCUCUGAAGGGAAAAGAAGAUGGUAGAAAUAAACUUCCUUUGUGUGCACAAGAAACUGCGUUCCAAGCGGGUGGCCCCUGUGCUGAUCCGGGAGAUCACCCGACGGGUCCACUUGGAGGGGAUUUUCCAGGCUGUUUACACUGCCGGUGUGGUACUGCCAAAGCCUGUUGGUACCUGUAGGUGAGUGUCAUUUCAUUUCGUUAUUGAAUUUAUAUGCCGCCCUAUACCCAGAGGUCUCAGGGCGGUUCACAAAAAAGAUCACAGUAUGGGAUGUUGAUUAGGUCAAGCAAAGGCCUGGUUAAAAAGGAACGUUUUUGUCUGGCGCCUAGAGGUCUAAAUAAUGAAGGCGCCAGGCCAACUUCCCUGGGGAGAGCAUUCCACAGACAGGGAGCCACUGCAGAGAAGGCCCCGUUCUCAUGUUACCACCCUCCGGACCUCUCAAGGGGGAGGCACACGAACGAGGGCCUCAAAUGAUGCUUGCAGGGUCCGGGUAGAUUCAUAUGGGAAGAGACUGUCCUUGAGCUAUUGCGGUCCUAAGCUGUUUAAGGCUUUAUAGGUCAAAACCAGCACUUUGAAUUGGGCCUGGAAACUAAUUGGUAGCCAGUGCAGUCGAACCAGGAUCAGUGUAAUAUGCUCAAAUCGUAAUGUUCUGGUGAGCAGCCUGGCUGCUGAAUUCUGCACCACCUGAAGUUUCCAAACAGUCUUCAGAGGCAGCCCUACGUAUAACGCAUUGCAGUAAUCUAACCUUGAGGUUACCAGAACAUGGACAACAGCAGUUAGGCUAUCCCUGUCCAAAUGGGGCAUAGCUGGGCCACCAGCCGAAGCUGAUGGAAGGCACUCCGGGCCACUGAGGCCACCUGAACCUCAAGUGUCAAGGUGUCUUACCUCGGCUUUACUUUUUUCUCCUCAAAGGUGGCUUCUGAGUUCCACAGUUCUUUCCCUCAUGUCAGCUCCCCAAUAGCAUCCUGUCUUUUGCCAAACCUGUCAAACGCACUGUGGCAUUUGCCUCCUAGGAUGGGUCAUAAGGAAAGGGUUAAAAUGGGUGUGAUGUGAUUGGCCAGUGAGAAUGCAAGGAGGGGGGAAAUAAAAGUUAGAGUGGGAGGUUUUGAAAGUCAGUUGAGUUGAGAGUUGAGGCUUGGGAGUUGAAGAAGGAAGAGGGAGGUUUAGGUGUGGGUUAGUAGAGUUGUAUUGUGAGAGAGUGAGAGGAAUUGUGAGGUGGAGUCAGAUAGAUAGUUGGAAUAAUCAGUUUGGAGUUGUUAGGAACUAAGAAUAAGAAACUGCCAAGUAAAAUUAACUGUAACCAUAAGCUUGUUCCUGCAUUUAAAAAAUAAACUUGAUUAUUUGUUUGUUAACAACUGACUGGACUCCGUGUGUCCCCGUGAGAUACGGGGUGGUGGCAGCGGAAAAAGCAAUUGCAGUGGCGGCACAGGGUCAGUAGACCGUCAAACAUCCGGGGGCCCUGUGUGUGAUCGCCACACGCACCUUCAAGUCUCCUCUUCCCAUGAUACUCGUGCUGCAGCUGCGAUAGGCAAGGGAGAUCCUAGAAGUAUCACCACUGCCCAGAGAGCAGGGCUCCAUCUCUAACCCCUGACUGACUGGAUAACAGGGGGAAGAGGGAUGCCGGGAAAUAAAUAAUAGGGCUUUCCUGCAAGAAGAGUUUCAGCCAUUGUUCUGGCAAGAUGAUUGAUUGAUUGAUUGAGUGUGUGUGUGUACCUUUCUGGGCCUAGGAGUAAAACGUACCUCCACUUUGGGGCGAUACUGAGUUAGGCCUCAAGUUACUAAGGCUUCCGUGGAGGAAUGAUGGGAUCCAAGUGGGAUGUCUAACCAGGAAGGCUCCUCUUUCCGGCAGGUACUGGCACCGGUCCCUGAAUCCGCGCAAGCUGAUUGAAGUAAAGUUUUCCCACCUGAGCAGGAACAUGACUAUGCAACGCACCAUGAAGCUCUAUCGGCUUCCGGAGGUCUGUGAUGGGCAGGGCAGUAACCUCAGUGGGGCCUUUGUGUAAGAAUCUUUCAAGCUGAGAUUGUACAUUUGCCACACUUUUCCUCACGCGAGCGAGGCAAGGAGUUUCAGAGCAUGCGGGGACCCUGACCUUUCCGCACUAUUUCCCCACGCGCCACUAGUUCCAUGUGCAGUCGUACCUUGGUUCUCGAACUUAAUCCGUUCCAGGAGUCCAUUCGACUCCCAAAACCGUUCGAAAACCAAGGCACAGCUUCCAAUCGGCUGCAGGAACUUCCUGCAGUCAAGCGGAAGCCGCGUCAGAUGCUCAGCUUCCAAAAAAUGUUCGCAAACUGGAACACUUCCGGGUUUGCGGCGUUCGGGAGCCAAAACAUACAAGUACCAAGGCGUUCGAGAACCAAGGUAUGACUGUACACUCUGGGCCCAAACCAGAUUGCAUUUAAAUGAGAAGUACCUUGUGAGCUGAAGCCUGAGCUGUACCCCUUGAGGUCAGGAAAGAUUUCCUUCUCACCCCGAUCGCAUCUCAGCAUUAGUUUUUCUUAGGUUCUCCCCGGCCCCGUUCUCCUUCCUCUGUAUCACCAGAGAUUAUUCUGCAUCUAGAGCAGCAAUCCCAAACCUUGCCAAGGGCACACCGGAGUCCCGGGAGAGAACUGCUCACGAGCCGCAAAGAAAUAAUUACAGGCUCCUCUGAGCCCAGCUCAUCCAUCUGCAGAGAAGAUUGCCAGCUGCAUCUCUGCGCAAGGUGUUAUCUUGGCCUUGCCUCCUCCUAAUCAUUCUCUUCCAUGGCUGGAUAAUUCCGCAACAUCUCUGCAUCAGAAUGUGAUUGGAGCAUUCAGUCCCUCUUGUAGCGCAGGGACCACAGAAGGUUUGCUUAUUUGGUCUCCAGGGAAGGCAGUGCUCUGGGCUUGUUUCCUUCGAAAUCUAAAGGCACACACUGCAGAAGCAUGAUUCACAGAGGAGGCAACCUCUCCUGUGUGGGAAGUUCUCUCUUAUAAAAGGUAAAGGGACCCCUGACCAUUAGGUCUAGUCGCGGAUGACUCUGGGGUUGCAGUGCUCAUCUCGCUUUACUGGCCAAGGGAGCCGCGUACAGCUUCCAAAAUUGUCCUUAUCUAGCCACUUCCCUUCUGUGCCUGGGCAAUAAAGGUAAAGGGACCCCUGACUAUUAGGUCCAGUUGUGACCGACUCUGGGGUUGCGGCGCUCAUCUCGCUUUACUGGCCGAGGUCAUGUGGCCAGCAUGACUAAGCCGCUUCUGGCGAACCAGAGCAGUGCACGGAAACGCCGUUUACCUUCCCGCCAGAGCGGUUCCUAUUUAUCUACUUGCACUUUGACGUGCUGUCAAACUGCUAGGUUGGCAGGAGCAGGGACCGAGCAACGGGAGCUCACCCUGUCGCAGGGAUUCGAACCGCCGACCUUCUGAUCGGCAAGCCCUAGGCUCUGUGGUUUAACCCACAGUGCCACCCCCGUCUCUUCUCUCUUAUACCCUAAAGCUAAAGCUUGCACAUGGAGGAUGGCACCCUUAAUUUCAGAAUAGUUGGGGGGGGUGUGGAAUGUUGACCCAUUUGACAAACCACAGAAGGGCAAGUAAUGAAUAGACAAAUGGAUUUUUUUAAAGUAACAUUGGUCAUUUAUUAUGUUCUGGAAUGGCAAAUUUCCAGGCAACAUUCAUCCAUAUGAUCCUUUUGCUGUGCUAUAGUGUAACAUAUAUUUAUAUUCCUUUAACAAGAUAAUAAUUAAUAAAAAGGUGCUUUCUGGGGAAAAAAGAAAAACCAAAGAGAAGGCUUCUUUGUAGAGUAUAAGGGUGAACUGCUCUUUUUUUAAUUCGGGAGAAAAACUUGCAUCAGCCACCAGAAAUGUUGGAAAUGUAGAUCAAGAGCCAAGAUGGUGGGUGAUACAGCGAUUAUGUGCCCCCCCCCACCAACAUUUUUUAGGAAUUUUUCCCAGCAUCAGAUUGGCUACUAAUGCAGAGUGGGGGUGCUUCCCUUUCCCUUCACUUGGAGUAUGUGUCUUGUUUGCUUGAGACACUAGCUCCAGAUGCACCUGCUUUCUCUUCUCAUGCCCCCACUAUAAUGUGAAUUAUAUUUAGGUUGCCUGGUAAGGAGCUAGAAGAUGGGUGGCCCUACCCUUGGAUGGGUAUUUAGACAGCCUUUGACCCUUUCCUGAUUCUCUGGCUGUAAAUAUUCUGAUUCCAGAGUCGGAUCAAAUGUGGUUUAUUGUGUCAAAGUGUAUUUGCUUGAAGUCGGGACGUAAAGAGGGUUCACCUUUUUAAAUUGGGAGAGCAUCAGGUCUCUGUAAGUUGAGCUUAGCUCUGUGCUGGUGUUUCCGGCUGCCAUGUGGAGUUGCUGGGCAAGCGGUCAUCUCCCAAGCUCACGGCUGUUCCCUGUGCUGAUUGGGUGGUUUUUGCUACUGGUCCCUCCCCCUUUUUAAAAAAAACAACUGAGAUGUAAUAGAGGGAAAUCCUUCAGUUUGCGAGUGGCCCUGGCACACGGGUGUUUGAGCACUGUUUGGUAACAGUCGCUGGGUGGCAACCAUGCCAUGUGAACCACCUGAAAUAGUUGAGGCACAUCUUUUGAGAUUAUCCAUCAUACCACAAUUGCAACAGUGAUUUCCAGAAAGGUUCCAGUGUGACUCUGUGCAACUCUGCACUAGCACCAUAUUUUGGGUUGUCGUAGUGCCCCUUACUUCUCCCUGCCAGUGGGCAGCAAACUGGCACAGAAUCUGAUCUGGUAAAUGUGUCUGGAGGAGUUUCCACCACCCCCAUUGCCCUUAAAUGCACUUGGUCCCCCAAGAAAGCCUUAUGUGGCUGCUUCCUAAUUCUCUGGAUCUCAUGCAUUAAACCUUCCAAAAUUGUCCUUAUCUAGCCACUUCCCUUCUGUUGCCUGGGCAAUAAAGGUAAAGGGACCCCUGACUAUUAGGUCCAGUCGUGAUCGACUCUGGGGUUGCGGCGCUCAUCUCGCUUUACUGGCCAAGGGAGCCGCCUACAGCUUCCGGGUCAUGUGGCCCGCAUGACUAAGCCGCUUCUGGCGAACCAGAGCAGCGCACGGAAACGCCGUUUACCUUCCCGCCGGAGCGGCACCUAUUUAUCUACUUGCACUUUGACGUGCUUUCGAACUGCUAGGUUGGCAGGAGCAGGGACCGAGCAACGGGAGCUCACCCCGUCACGGGGAUUCGAACUGCCAACCUUCUGAUCGGCAAGUCCUAGGCUCUGUGGUUUAACCCACAGUGCCACCCGUGUCCCGCGUGGGCAAUACGAUUAGCUCAAUAUAAUAUUCCUUUCCGUCUGAGCCACCCCCGGGCCAACACAAAAGUGCUUUCACUGGCCAGGACUGCAAUCUCCAGCCACAGGAAUGUGCAUGCAGAAGGUUCAUCCACGUAGCUCUGGGGACCCUGCGCAUAGGUUUGCUUGGCACAGAAGCUGCACAGCACAGGCGCAUUUCACAGCUGUCACAGCAGGAGGAGCCAGAGAACAGGGCUGUGCAGUCUCUGAUAAGAUUUCUCUGCUGGCGUCAACUUGGAGUGAAGGCGCCAAGCAGCGCCUCAUCGCAGAAGGAGAGCGAAACAACCCCGAACAAUUUUUAGAACAAAUUGCUUAGAAACUGUUGGAGAAGGAUGUGGUAGUAAAGGGCACCUGUGGAUCUAGUUUAUCGGGGUUCAAACUUUCCCCCUACCCUAGAGAUUGAACACUGGGCAUCUUGGCAGGUAUUCAGCUAAGCUUCCAUCAGCGUAGACCCCUCAAAAUUAAUGAGCACGACUCAAGUUAGGUCCAUUCAUUUCAGUGGUUGUCCUUGCAGUAAAACUGAGUUGAAAACCACCCUUGUCACUGAGCCACAGCCCAUCCUCCAGCAGUCCUGAGGGUACGGUCUGCAAACCGCCAGUCUAGCUGUGAAGCCCGUCCUUCACUGUCAGCCAGGAUCCCCAAAUGCCUUUCUAAGCAAACCCUUUUCCUCUGACUUUUCCCCCAGACUCCAAAGACCCCAGGGCUGCGGCCGAUGGAGCAGAGAGACAUCCCUGCUGUGCACAAACUUCUGGCUGAGUAUCUGAAGCUGUUCAACUUGACCCCUGUCAUGAAUGAGGAGGAGGUGGAGCACUGGUUUCUACCCCAGCCCAACAUCAUAGACACAUUUGUAGUUGAGGUGAGGAGCGCUUUUCCCCCUGUCACUUCACAGCCAAUGAGCAGAGGGCAGAGAGAAGGGGUUGGGGAGUUCUGCAGUCUGUCUCCCCAGUCCUGCUGCAUAUGAAGUAGGACAAAUUGCAUGCAGGUGGGCAGAUGCAUCAUAAUUAUUAUUAUUAUUAUUAUUAUUAUUAUUAUUAUUGGUGUCACAUCUUAUGACCUUACUCCACAGACAGAAUCAAGAUACUUAAAUACAGUCGUACCUUGGAAGUCGAACGCCUUGCCAGUUGAACAUUUUGGCUCCCAAACAUCACAAACUCUGAAGUGAUUGUUCUGGUUUGCAAACGUUCUUUGGAACCCGAACGUCUGUUGCGGCUUCCAGUUGGCUGCAGGAGCUUUCUGCAGCCAAUCGGAAGCCGCGCCUUGGUUCCCGAAUGUUUUGGAAGUCGAACGGACUUGCAGAAUGGAUUCUGUUCAACUUCCAAGAUACCAGUGUAUACGUUUUUAAGUACAGAAAAAGCCAUACUCCUUUGGGAUAAAAACAGCCCUGAACAUUUGUGUGAAGUGAAUAUAUGAAGGGCAUUGCUGUACUUGCAGUCAAAUUUAGCAGAUUUUUCACGCAUUCAAGCUGAAUAAGGUGUUAGAAUGGAUUUUGCUCUUGUAGACUGCUGGUGGGAGGGAAUGCCAAUUUUAAUGCUCCCCCACAUAGAAGAAUAUCCUUGUAAAUCACUGGCUCCCAAACUUAUUUUCCCAUAGACAGCUUGAAAAUUGCUGAGGGGCAGUUAAUGAUUUUUCUUCCUGUUGCAGCAAUUGCAAUGUGCUUGAUUUUUCUUCCUGUUGCAGCAGUGGCAAUGUGCGUGAUUUUUAAUUGUAUUUUUAUUGCUUCGUUUAUGUCUUAUGUAUUUUAAUGAAUAGGCAAUCCCCCCAUUUAUGCGUUUUCAGUAUGUGUGAGACCACACACAAAUGUAUUUGCCAAACCUAGAAGUGACCCGAAAAUGUCACGAGAAGAGGCAGGGCAGGGGCAGAACAUGGUGUUUGCCGGCUUUUUCAAUGGUGUUUCAAAUAUUUCACUUAAAUGUGCAAUGCCUGUGUAAAUGGGGGUGUGCCUGUAUUACAGUUUGAACUCCACAGAAUUCAAAUUGUAAUACAGUAAAUUGCAAUAUAAGAAGCAAUAAAAAUACAGUGGUGCCUCGCAAGACGAAAAACCCGCUAGACGAAAGGGUUUUCCGUUUUUCGAUGCGCUUCGCAGGACGAAUUUCCCUAUGGGCUUGCUUCGCUAGACGAAAACGUCUUGCAAGUCUUGCGAUUUUUUUCGCUCCCCCCCUUUUUCUAAGCCGCUAAGCCGCUAAUAGCCUUUUAGCAGCUAAGCCGCUAAGCCUUUAAUAGCCGCUAAACCGCUAAUCCGCUAAGCCGCUAAUAGGGUUGCUUCGCAAGACGAAAAAACCGCUAGACGAAGAGACUCGCGGAACGGAUUAUUUUCGUCUUGCGAGGCACCACUGUACAAUUAAAAACCAGUACCAAUAUUUCAUGUACUGUCUUCAGCCACAAAUCCACAGGCAUGCUGCAGGCCCCCUGAAUGAAGCUUAUGGACCACCGGUUUGGGCCUGCUGCUGUAAAUUCAAAAGCAACAAGUAUUCCCACAUCAGUGGAGAGGUUCUAGCUCAGCCCAUUCCUUGCUGUGCUAGGUUUCUGCAUGGCUUUCCCCCACCCACAGUCCGAAGUUCUAUUCAUCAAGAGUCAUUGCCAUCUUAAUUCCCAAUCCAUUUUGUUUCUUUUCUAAACCAGAAUAAUAUUGUACCCUGUUUUUCGCUCCAUAAGACACACUUUUUUCCUCCUAAAAUGUAUGGGGAAAUGUCUGUGCAUCUUAUGGGGCGAAUGCACUGGACGGCAGAGGGAUCCCUCGGCUGCUGCUGCAGUCGUGAGCUGAGGGAUGCCUCCGCAGCUGGAGCCAUGGCUCCCGUCUGUCGCUCGCUGUAAAGCCCGCAGAGUAAGAGCCGCUGACACGCUCUGCGCAGCUCUUGCUUUCCUUGCUUUAAAGCAAGAGCCGCGCAGAGCGUGUCAGCGGCUCUUGCUUGGCUUUAUAGCGAGGUGGGAGGAGGGAUGGGCAAGCCAAGUGAGAGCUGCGCAAAGCGGGACAGAAGUCAUGUAAGCAGCUCUCGUUUUGCUUGCUUUAAAACAAGAAAAGCCAGAGCAGCUUACACGCUCUGCACAGAAUAUAAUUUUCUUCUUGUUUUCCUCCUCUAAAAACUAGGUGCGCCUUAUGGUCAGGUGCGUCUUAGGGAGCGAAAAAUACAGUAAUUGGAGAGAAGGGAGGAAUGAGAUCUUCUUGCCCCGCUAAGUUGGAGAGGGCAGGCCUGAUGGCAGAUGAAGCCAACUUGCUUCCCCCACAGCUGAACACUGGCAGAGUCUGGGGGAUUUAAUUCUAAAAUGUAUCUCACUGUUUACUUCAGAACACCGAUGGGGAGGUGACUGACUUCCUGAGUUUCUACACCCUGCCCUCCACGAUUAUGAAUCACCCAACCCACAAGAGCUUGAAGGCGGCCUAUUCAUUCUACAAUGUCCACACCAAGACACCACUUCUCGACCUCAUGAAUGAUGCCCUUAUAUUGGCCAAGAUGGUAAGCUGCGCUCUUUAGGUUACGUUAUUUCCUUAAUGUAACAUUCGGGGAAACGUGCUAAAAACAAUCUUGUUUAUCAGAGCCCAAUAUAUAUGUUAAGGAGACCUGAGGAGCAGUACAGAAUUGAUAGUCCUGAAUGUCUGAGUUACGGGAUUUUUUUAAAGCAACAUUCACACACUCAUGGCACUUGAGGGGGGAAAACUGGCCUAUUUUUUUCUGGAUGCUAAGGAAUUUCAAAGCAUACAAAUAAGCCCAAUGUGUCUCCCUGCCAUACCUCUUUGUGCAGAGGGGCUUUGAUGUUUUCAAUGCACUGGAUCUCAUGGAGAACAAGACCUUCCUGGAGAAGCUGAAAUUCGGGAUCGGAGAUGGAAAUCUGCAGUAUUAUCUCUACAAUUGGAAAUGCCCCAGCAUGGGGCCAGAGAAGGUAGGUGACCAUUGCUGUAGAGCAGGGACGUCCAACGCCUAAGAGACUGCAAUCUACUCUCGGGGGGGGGGGGGAGAGCAGGCAGUGAUCUACCCCUUUUGGGGGAGUUCAGGUCAUAUUUGUUAAACCUUUUAUUAGGAAGGAGAGUCCUUUUUUAGGGGUUCUGGUCUAAGUUCUUGACUUUGUUUAGGGAGGAGAAUCCCAUUAUUUUGGGGUUCAGGUCAAAGUUGCUGACACUCCCGUUUUUGGAUAGAAAAGGAACAAAUUUUAGAAGGGGGGAAUGGGGGGAAAACAAUCACCUAAAAAUCACAAAGUAAACAAUCUGCCUCUGAGCAAAAACCCCAGCAAUCAUGCGCAAAUGGAGGAUAGGGAUAUGCCCGGGGGUCUCACGGCGGUUCACAGAAUAAAAUCAAGAUAUAGAACCACAAAAUACCUACUAAAAAUAACAACCCAAUAGCUGCCCCCCAAACAAAAAAACACAUUUGGUUGAUGUAAAUUGGAUCAACCAAAGGCUUGGUUAAAAAGGAACGUUUUUGCCUGGCGCCUAAAGGUGUAUAGUGAAGGCACCAGGCAAACUUCCCUGGGGAGAGCAUUCCACAGACGGGAGCCACUGCAGAGAAGGCCCCGUUCUCGUGUUGCCACCCUCUGGAUCUCUCAGGGAGGAGGCACACGAAGGAGGGCCUCAGAAGAGGAUCACAGGGACUGGGUAGGUUCAUAUGGGAAGAGGCGGUCCUUGAAGUAUUGCGGUCCGGGGCUGUUUAAGGCUUUAUAGGUCAAAACCAGCACUUUGAAUUCGAUAGCCAGUGCAGUCGAGCCAGGAUCCGUGUAAUACGCUCAAACCAUCUCGUUCCGGUGAGCAACCUGGCCGCUGAAUUCUGCACUAGCUGAAGUCCUACGUAUAACGCAUUGCAGUAUACAGAUGCAUCUCUGCGCUUCUUGGUCCUCGCCACUGUAACUGUUGGGGCACAAGGCCUCUUUUGUGCAACUGGACAGCUUGCAUCCAUCCACGAAGAAACAAAAGUUCUCAACCUUUCCUAACCCUUCCCCUCUAUGCCGGUUAUUUCCAUAGGUUGGCUUGGUGCUGCAGUAACCAGUAAUCUCUGGAGAAGGGCUGGCAAAGCCGCUGAGGACAGGCUAGAGUGGAACUGCUGGCCGUUGCCGUUCAGAUGUCUAUGGAAGUGCGACCCUCCUGCGGAGGAGCUGGCGCCCCCCUACACUGGCCAUGCGGACCGUCCACUGACACUUCUGAUGAUUGUACCAUGCGCCUCGGAGUGCGCCGACAUGUUAGCAUCAGCACUUGGCCUCUUCUCCCCCCCCCCCCCCCGUACAACCACGAUCAAGGGAAUGUAACUGCUGAAAAACUAGCUCACAAUUGGCAUAUAUUGGAGUUAACGGGUGAAUAAUAAUAAAAAAAUAUAUUAUAUAUUCUAUACUUUAACCAUGUUUGCUGUUCAGCGGAACUGGGACUGGAACCACGGGGUUGCUUAGCUUUCUGUUGUAGAAAUAGCGUUGAAAAUGGCCCAGAUUGCCCCAACCAUCACCAGCAAAAUUAGUGUUUUGUGGUGCAUCCCAACACCCAGCUAUAUCCAGUGUUUCUCGGUGACAUCUAAAGCACAAUUGAGCUUCAGUGUGAGUUUUCUCUGGUGUGGUUGCCCAAGGCUGGUGCCAGUUAAUGAUGUUGGGGGGUUAUUUGUUUUUAAAGCCUAUUUUCUGCCUUGUGCAUGCAGCAAAGGGCUAACGUGCUUAAUACUCCAGCUUUUCUUUUGGAAAGAAAUAAAGGGCUAAUUUAGUGACUUACGGAGCUGUCCCAGAACUGAACUCUUGUGGGAUGAUGUAUGUAGCUGUCCCAUCUCUCCUGUCCUGGACUUGCGCUAAAGUUUGUCGCUGCGACACUUGACUCUCCAAACUGUUAACAGCCUGUGCCUUUUGGCUCUUAAAAUCCAUGUUGGCCAUGCCUUGCUUUAUGGGAGCAGUUCUUCAUUUUCCCCCUCCAAGAGAUGGGAGUUAUUUGGGGCUUGCGAUGUCUUGGAACUACAGCUCCACCCCAUCUGUGUUUUCCUACAACAGAAUCAUACGCUCUGCCCGUUUUUCGACCUUUCCUGAGCUGCAGCGUCUCCCUUCUGCUUAAGUCAACUAACAGUCCGCUUGUACUGCCCAGCCCUGAAAAGAACAUUUUUGUGCUCCCUUCUGUGAGAAUCUGCUGAUAUUAUGAGAAACUUUCCUGGCAGUUGUGCCUGUUGCCUGUCUGCAUAAUCCCAUGAGAAUUUCAUUCAAGCUAUCAUGGGAAUGGCUAUCUGUAACUUUGCCAAUGAAUACUUGCAACGGGAGACAGACCAUAUUAUGUUGCUGGUGUAUCUGUUACAGCCAGGUUAUUUUACUUCCUGAAGUUGGGAAGAUCAGGCCUUCAUUCGAGGGCUUCUGCUCAGUGACCUCUUUCAAGGAAGAGGCUUUCCAGUUUCCCAGUGAAAAUGACCCAACACUAAGGAGAUAUGUCUUUCUACACCCACCGUUCCUGUCUGUCUUCCAAAAUCAACAGAUUUGUUAUCUGUGCAGUGAACAAGAUGGAUGGGCCUUGUCUUACAGAGGGCUCUCCCAAGUUUUGCUACGGUGGGAAACACCACCAGGGAAAUGGGCUUUUCGAAAGGUCUUCUCCAUAUCUGGAAGGCGUUGGAAGUCAUCUGCUGGAAAACAAGGAUGGCUGAAAAGAAGCUGGGACCGUGAAGAAGAGCAGGAGGGAGGAAUUGGCCUCCCAUGAAUUAAAGAGGUGCCACUUGGAUCUGUGAAAACCCAUCGGUGGCGUUUGUGGUGGGAGACAGCCACUCUACUUCAAGGUUUGAGCUGAGAUCCUAGGAAGGGUGUAACUCUUAUCGUAGCCAAGUCAGUGGCUUUUAUGUUGUUGUUUUUUAAAAAUACCAUUUAAUAUAAAAAUUUAUAAGAAAUUCACAUUAAAAAAUACAACACAAUUCAAUGAAAUUUGCUAAGAACUGGCUAAAAAAUGCAACUGUAUCCCAAAUAAAAAUAAGCAGUGUACAUAAGGGGAAAGGGUCAAGGGUUUGGACAGGCUUAGGAAAACUUGAGUUUUUAAGAGGCAUUUAGACGUCGUCAUGGUUCCUGCCUCACAGAUUUCCAGAGGGAGGGCAUUGCAGAGGUCAGCUUGGUUUUCACUGAAGGAGAUGCUCUGCUAGCUAUCCUGGUCCUGUGUUGUUUAGGGUUUUAAAUGUUAACAACAAAACCUGUAGUUUAGGCUGGGGAAACCUGUGUCUACAUCCUUGGGAUGGGGAAUCUGUGGCCUUCCAGCUGUUGACUGCAACUCCCACCAUCCCUAACCACUUACCAUGCUGCCAGGGGCUGAUGCGGGUUGGGAGUCCCAACAUGAACUGGGGACACCACAGGUUCGCCUCCCCUAAUCUAGGCCAUAUCCUGUCAGACUGAAUCUCCAUAGAGAAAAAUAGCAUGCAUAGGGGAGAAGGCUGGACUGCAACCGAUCUUCCUCACCUCUAGCUUCUUUGUAUGGUGGAGCAUCCAUUUCUGUGACUACCCGUUCUCUGAAAUGGUACAAUCCAGACAUAUUUACCACCUGAGUUAAAACUGGGUCCCAAGUGCGGUUCCUUCCACUGCUGGGCAGAAAAGGACAGCAUUAUCUAGAUAACUUGGCACCUCCUCAAAGUGCUAUAUCUGUUGCAAAAGAUGUAUAUCUCAUUCCUUACUUUGCCGACGGCUUUCUACCCAAGCAUUGUAUUUUGGAAACGGACCCUCCUUCGUGAAGACUGAUUCAUAAAGACGUAAUGGUUUCAAAACACGUUUGGAGGAAGAGGAAAUCCCCCUUAAGCUAGAAACCAGCGAUUGUGCAAUUCUUGUGUCGUAGGCUGGCAACGCCUGCAGCUUUUAACCUGCUUGUGCAGUUGACUCAGAGCUUGUUACGUCACCCGUGGAGGUUCAGUAGAACAUUACGAAAAGGAUCUCUCCCGUGAUCUGUGCUUGCUUUGUCCAAGUUGCCUUUGCGUCUUUCCACGGUCAAGUGUUUUGCUGCUUUAUUCAGAAGGAAUACCUUCAUUUCCACCCGAGAGGGGUUUGAGAAAACACCCCCUUGGAUUUCCAAUGCUUUGAAAACUUUGUGAGAACUAUAAGCCUGACGGCAGCAGCUCCUUCGACAGGACAUGCCUCUGGCAUUGAAAGAGCACUGGAGUUUCCCUGGCUAAUUCCCGUUUGCUUCGCAGACAUGCUCCCAGCUCUAGAUUCUGUAUAGACUUUGAUAGUUCCGCUUCUAGCAUUUUGCCCUUGGUUUGGAUCCAUUUUCAUUUUGGAUACGCUUUUGAGGUGUGCUGUGAUGAGGACACAGACAUCCAGCCUGGGCUUGUGCGUUUCUCUCUCUAUAUAUUGCAGUCUCUGUAUAGCAUUCUUCAAAUGUGAUAAAUGUGUAAUAUUCCUUUUCACCCCUUGUGUGCUUAUUGGUGGGGAGUAUCUGCUAACUUUGGGCCAAAGAUCUGACAGUGGUAUCCUACUUCAAUGGCUUUUGAGUGUGUGAUUCAUUAAGAUGGGAGCCACAUGAAUAUAGUCAUGCCUUGUGGGGUGGGGGCUGUGAGUGCUACAGUGGCUUUUUAAAAAAGUCCUGCUGAAAGUAAGGUUUUCCAUUCCAAGGAGGCAGGAGAACCCUCUUCCCAAUCUCAUGUCUCCUGUGUGCUAAUAGGAGAUGGCUCAGCAGUGCAAGGCAUUUCUCUUCCUCGCAUGUCCCUUAACUGGAUGCAGAGCCUAUUAAUCUGUUCUCAACGGAAAUGCUUUUUAAGGAUCUGGCUAUAUGUUGAGUUCUACCAGCAAAAGAGCUCUGUCUUCAGAGAGCUUCCUGCUGGAGGGGAUUCAGUAAAGAGCAAUCCCAAAGCCUAUAGUAGGGCCAACCAAUGUUUAACCAAUCAAAACAUUGCAGAGGAGGAGAUUAAAAAACACAAACCUGUUGGAGGAGCUGCUUUCGGCUGCCUUUCUCCAUCCUUUGUUUAGAUCCUUUUGCAUUCUCCUUGGGUCCUGCCUUGCUUUUUAAAAAUUGGGAAUGGUGGCGAUUGUCCUGAAUAACUUUUUGUCUCAACUUGCUGCCUACAGCCUAAGAGUCGAUGGCACAGCGGCAGGAAGAAGGAGGAGGGGAAAGGUGGCUUUGCCACGAGAGAAGGCAACACAGAGAAAUGCCACGUUUGUUUGGGAUACAGAAUAUUUCCCUCUCCUGGGAAAUGUUGAUUCCACCCAAUAUUCCUAAAUCGAACAACCCUUGUUGUUGAAGACUGCUCUUGUGGUACACUGAAGAAUAAAGCAUCACCAUUCCUUACAAACUCUAAAAGUUAACAUUUUCAGCUAUUGGAGUGAAGUUUGCUUUCAAUUUUCCACCAAAAAAUAAAAGACGCAGCUAUAUAUCUUCCUUGCCACAUCAUUGUGACGUGGUUGUCAUUGGCAGAAAGGGCUUUUUGAGCAACACAUGAAUAUUGGUAGAAGGGAGAGAACUACAGUGGUGCCUCGCAAGACGAAAAGAAUCCGUUCUGGGAGUCUCUUUUUCGUCUUGCGAAGCAAGCCCAUUGAUGGGAUUAGCGGAUUAGCGCGAUUAGCGCUAUUAGCGGCUUUUAGCGGCUUUUAGCGGCUUUUAGCAGCUUAUCAGCUUAUCGGAUAAGCAGAUAAGCGGCUUAGCGACUUAGAAAAAGAGGGGGGGAAAGGAAAAAAACAACCCAGGAACUUGCAAGACAUUUUCGUCUUGCGAAGCAAGCCCAUAGCAGAUUCGUUUUGCGAGGCACCUCCAAAACGGAAAACUCUUUCGUCUAGUGAGUUUUCCGUCUUGCGAGGCAUUCGUCUUGCGGGGCACCACUGUACACCGCUACCGUCACUUUAUAAAUGGGAAAGGAAGUUCCAGAUUUUAAGUAUAGGAACUCAAGCUUGGACACUAUUAAGGUCUGAAAUUGUGCACUGAAAACAGCACAUGCCUGCUUCGGAAUCCAACAUCUACCCAAGAAACCAAUUGCUCACUCAGAACUUAAAUACUAAAUGUUGAAAUGUGGAUUUUGAAAACCAGACUCCACAUUCUGAAAUGCAGAUUCCCAUACAGAUAUCAUUUCCUGCCCUGAGUCCCAUCACAGUUACGUCUCUCUGUUAAGGGCAAAGAUUGUAGUUCUAUUUUGUUGUCGUUUAAACACACCAUAUUUGUUCCAUGGAAUUUGAAAUUUCUGUGACACUGGGAUUUUGUUAAAAUAAAAUAUUUUUAUUAUAGCUAUUCAAUACAUUAUAAACAACAGUCUCUUUUGAUACAUAGAAGCUUUCAAAAUCAAAUUCUAGAAAGUGACACUGGUUCUUGGGGGCUUCUUCCUUUAUAAUAUCAAAGAAGUGAGAUGGGUAAGAGGGUGAAAUCACACCAGUGCUGCGUCUUGCGGAGUUUGCAAAGUCUAGAUUUGUAAACUCUGUUUAGUUCAUAGUGAAAUUAUGAUCCGGGGGGGGGGGGGGAAAGCUGGGAAGAAUUUGUCCUAUGCAGGGCAUUGUCAUACAAUCUACCAUGUUCUAGAGAUGGGCUCAGACCAGAUCCCGUAGAUCAAAAUAUCUAAUCCCAACUCUACAGAAACUCACUUGAUUGCUUCUUUAAUAUCUCUAGGAAGAUAUUUGUUUGGUUGUUGUUUUUUUAAUAGCUCUGCCUUACUUAAAUCUACUUUGCUUCCAACCCAAUCCCCCAAACCCCUAUUCUAGAGGUAGCCAAAAUGGUGCUCUCUAGGUGUUGGGCAGAACUCCCACCAUCUGCCUACUUUUCUUGGGAGAUGUAUUUAAUAGCAAGGUUUGUUUUCCUUUUGAAAACUGCCCUUGUCCCGUCCCCCCUUAGUAAGAAAUGUGUGGGGCUGUCACUGGGGAAAAUGGCCCCAUGUCAACAGUUGUUUCCUCUUCCUUCUGAGAACGUCCAAUAAUCCAAAGUGUGUGAUAAUGUCCAUUGCUUUACAACUUUCCCUUCCUCUGCAUCAUUAGCUGCUACUGGGGGCUUAAAAGGCAAGGCCAGCGUAUCGGAUUUUUGCAUUAGCAGGUAUAACUCGGAACGGGGGCUGUGGUCUAAGUCACUUGCCACGCUUCCCCUUAACGUGUAUUGCCAGUCCCUUGGUCACUGUCCUUCAAGCGCUCUUGCCUUACCGUUACGAAAAAGGAAGGCUUUUCAAGCUAGUUGUUUUGAACGUGAGCCUUAACUGCACCCACCCAGGUGUAGGAAGUUGCACACAGCCGUGACUCCCCUUGUGUCUGCAAAGGAAAUUAAGCAAACUCCCUCAUCCCCAUCGAAUGUGAUGGGCUGCAUGCGAUUUGUCUGGCUUUCCCCUCUACCAAGUAGGGAUUUCUCGUUUUAGGAAAUCCGUGGCUGUUAAUCCGUGGUCCAUAGCCCAAUCUUGGGCAGAACCUGUGCACUGAGCCAAAAAGCUCUGAUACUAAGUGACUAGAAAGGGCAAGGUUGAGUUGAGCUCCAAUAUGACCUGUUGUCUGGCAAAACGGCUCGUUAACUUGCUAAUAAUGCCUGCUUUUAAACUAUGUGAUGCAGCAACCCAAAGCGCCAAAAGAAUAGGUGUAUUAAUAUGCCCUUUUCAAAUUAACCAAGGGGAAAAGGCUAUUGUGGAGGUAGCAAGCCUUUUUUAUCCUGAAGGACAGGAGCUUAUUGUAAUCCCAUCUUCAAAAGAACCAGUAGGAAAAAGUGCUUCUUAAAAUAUAGUGUGACGUGUACAUGAACUCUUUGGGCACGCUAAUAUUAAUUUGCUAACGCUUGAACCAAUAUAUACAGUACUACUUUGAGAGCCUAGUAUAAUACGAGUCCUGACCUGCUCUUUUGGGACAAUCGGAAGUCAGUGGCUUGUGAUUUAGACUGACGAUCUGCUAGCUUAAAUUUCUAGCCGAAAUUUGUUGCCAGGGUAUCAAAAGUCUGGACUGGCUUCACAAGCUGAUGAGGACUGACUGCCUAUUUCCUAAAAAAGCAAAGAUAAAGUUUCCUACAGCCUCAACCCAACUUCCAACCAAAUGUACUUUGCUGGGCCGAUCCUCUCCAAACCCAUAUUGCCACGGGCAGGCUAGUCUAGGCUCGGUUCAAUCUGUGGCUCACAUUCCUCUGCAGCCUAGAGGGCUGUACCAGAAGCCUCAAACAGGAUCCGUCCACCGGCGGAUUGCUCACAACCCUCUGCUCCUCCUGACCUCCAUUCUCAAAAUCCCCGUUCUAACGAGCUACGCAAAACCAACAAAUCCUUUUACUCGCUACUUCUCACAAGAGCCGUGUGACUGUCAGAAACUUAAGGAAGAUAUUCCCAUCUCGUGUUCCCUUCCCAAACCAUAAUGGGGAAGGGGAUGGGCCGGGGCCCUCUCCCCGGUCUAAAAACCCUGUCCGGAAGAGAGAUAUUCUAGGAGUUGCUACACCGCUUGGGCUGUUUAUCUUCAAUAGCACAAAGGUUUUUUCAGUCUUCUAACCCUAAUGCGAGUCGGGGUCUCUGAGCGAGGGUUGCUUGCGCACCCGAUUCAGCCCAGACCAGGGGGGCUGGGGCAUGCUGCUUCCUCAGCGUGGUCCAGAUGCACACAUCUGGGUGAGCGGCGGCCGGUUAUUGGAAUCAGCAGAGCCACUCCUCCGCCACAGGCCAGAUUUGACUUGGAUUCUUGACAAUCCAACGCCUUUCACAUCUUCCUGCAUCUGACGUGCACAAACAGCGUGGCUGGAGACAAAGAGGUCCCAUCUUUGGAGAGCAGGUGGAUAUGCCGGUAGCCUGAGGAAGGAAAUCCAGUCAGAAAGGAAGAGGGAGAUAUGUGGUGGACCUGGAAAAAAGCUAAAGGCUUUUGGGAAAUGAUAUACAGUCGUACCUUGGAUCCUGAACGCCUUGGUACACAGACAUUUUGGC